AUGGCGUGCGUAUACAUUCCGGUGCAGAACUCGGAGGAGGAGGUUAGGGUUGCUCUGGACCAGCUUCCUCGUGACGCCUCCGACAUCGUCGAUAUUCUUAAGGCCGAGCAAGCUCCUCUCGACCUUUGGCUCAUCAUUGCUAGGGAGUAUUUUAAACAAGGGAAAAUUGAGCAGUUUCGCCUGAUAUUAGAAGAAGGAUCUAGUCCUGACAUUGAUGAAUACUAUGCUGAUGUGAGAUAUGAGCGGAUAGCAAUCUUGAAUGCUUUAGGGGCUUAUUAUAGCUAUCUUGGAAAAAUUGAGGCAAAGCAGAAAGAAAAGGAGGAAUAUUUUAUUAAGGCGACUCAAUAUUACAAUAGAGCAUCAAGAAUUGACAUGCAUGAGCCAUCUACAUGGGUUGGAAAAGGCCAGCUUUUGCUUGCCAAGGGUGAUGUAGAACAGGCAUUUGCGGCUUUCAAGAUUGUUUUGGAUGGAGAUCGUGACAAUGUUCCUGCUCUUCUUGGUCAGGCUUGUGUACACUUUAACCGUGGACGAUAUUCUGAUUCAUUGGAGUUGUAUAAGCGUGCCUUGCAAGUUUUUCCCCAGUGUCCUGCUGCUGUAAGACUUGGAAUUGGGCUUUGUCGCUACAAAUUAGGUCAAUUUGAGAAGGCAAAGCAAGCUUUUGAACGUGUUUUGCAGUUGGAUAAUGACAAUUCAGACGCACUUGUGGCACUUGCUAUUAUGGAUUUACAAAGUAAAAAUGAUGACAGCAUCAAGUUGGGAAUGGAGAAAAUGAAGAAGGCUUUUGACAUAUAUCCAUACUGUGCAAUGUCUCUGAAUUAUCUGGCGGAUCAUUUCUUCUUUACUGGUCAACAUAAGGUGGUUCAGGACCUGACUGAAACUGCUCUUGUUGUGACUAAUCAUGGCCCUACUAAGUCACAUGCUUAUUACAAUCUGGCCCGGUCGUACCAUGAUAUGGGAGACUUUGAAAAGGCUGGAAUGUACUACAUGCAAUCGGUGAAGGAAAAUACUGCACCACGGGAAUUUGUAUUACCUUAUUAUGGUCUGGGACAAGUGCAAUUGAAAUUGGGUGACCUUAAGAGUGCGCUCACAAAUUUUGAGAAGAUCUUGGAAGUUCACCCUGAUAAUUGUGAUACGCUAAAAGCUCUUGGGCACAUAUACAUUCAGCUUGGGCAAGUUGAGAAGGCUCACGAGUUUCUCAGAAAGGCUACAAAAGUUGAUUCACAUGAUCCACAGGCUUUUCUAGAUCUGGGGGAAUUGUUAAUUCCAACUGACACCGGCGCUGCUCUGGAUGCCUUUAAAACUGCUCGUAAUCUACUUAAAAAUGGAAACACCAAAAAGAAAGAUAAAGCAGACCGAAGCAACAAAGGGAGGCAUGAAGAUGAAGUUGAGGAAGUACCAGUAGAGUUGCUGAACAACAUCGGAGUUCUUCAUUUUGAGAGGGGAGAAUUUGAGCUUGCUGAACAAGCUUUCAGAGAUGCUCUAGGUGAUGGCAUAUGGCUCAAAUUUCUUGAUGAUAAGGCAGAAAUUAUGUCUGCUGAUAAAAAAGUGGAAGACACAGGUGCCGAUGUCCCCGAUAAAGAUUCCAGUAAAAAGUCUUCAGUUGGUGAAGAGUUAUCAAGUGACCCAGAAGCACAAGUAGAUUCACUAAGAACUGCACAGUUCCCUAUUGAUGCCACUGCAUCUGUUCAUCUCUACAAGGACUUGAGCUUGUUUGAUCGACUAGAGGAACAGGGAAUUGUGGUGGAACUUCCUUUCAACAAGGUCUCAACACUAUUCAACCUAGCUAGAUUGUUGGAGCAGUUGCAUCACGUUGAAACAGCUAGUAUUUUCUAUCGUCUGAUUUUGUAUAAGUACCCAGACUACCCAGAUGCUUACUUGAGGCUUGCUGCUAUUGCAAAAGCUCGGAGUAAUGUUACAAUUAGCACUGAACUGCUUUCUGAUGCCCUGAAGGUGGAUGAGAAAUGUCAAGAUGCAUUGUUGAUGCUUGGUGACCUGGAGCUAAAGAAUGACGACUGGGUGAAAGCAAAGGAAACUUUCCGAGCAGCUAAGGACAUGUCUGAUGGAGAUGAUUCUUAUGCUUCUCUUUGUCUGGGCAAUUGGAACUAUUUUGCUGCCAUACGCUCGGAGAAAAGAGCUCCUAAAUUGGAAGCUACGCAUCUAGAGAAGGCUAAGGAACUAUAUUCUAAGGUUCUGCUCCGGCACACCGGUAAUCUGUAUGCAGCUAAUGGCACUGGAAUUGUCUUAGCUGAAAAGGGUCAAUUUGAUAUUUCAAAGGAACUCUUCACUCAGGUUCAAGAAGCUGCAAGUGGAAGUGUCUUUGUCCAGAUGCCAGAUGUCUGGAUAAAUCUCGCUCAUGUUCACUUUGCUCAAGGAAAUUUUUCACUGGCAGUGAAAAUGUACCAAAAUUGCUUGAGAAAGUUUUACUACAACACCGACAGUCAAGUGCUACUUUAUUUAGCAAGAACUCAUUAUGAAGCUGAACAGUGGCAAGACUGUAGAAAGACGUUACUAAGAGCUAUUCACUUAGCACCCGCCAAUUAUACAUUAAGGUUCGAUAUAGGAGCAGCGCUGCAGAAAUUUUCUUCGUCAACAUUGCAGAAGGAAAAAAGAACUACGGACGAGCUACUAUCAACUAUAGCAGAGCUUAGGAAUGCAGUUCGUGUAUUCAGCCUGAUGGCUGCCUCCUCAAAUCUUCACGUUCACGGGUUUGAUGAGAAAAAAAUUGAAACCCACGUUGAAUACUGCAAGCACUUGCUUGAGGCUGCUAAAGUGCACUAUGAUGCAGCUGAGCGUGUGGAUCUGGAUAAUAAGAGGAGACAAGAGGCUAAUGAAAUUGCGAGAGUGGCGCAGGUUAAGCAACGAGAAGCCGAGGAACGAGCAAGAGCAGAUGUAAUUGCAAAUCUACUUCUUGUCUGUUAUAUUAUCCUUUUUCUAUUUGAUUUAUUGAUCAACUAUUUACGACAGAGAGAGAAAAGAAAACAUGAUGAAGAACAGAAGCUAAUGAGGGAACAAGAUCUCCUCUUGCAGCGGAAAAAGGAGCAAUGGAGUACCCCUGCCACUAAGCGGAAGGAUAGGUCUCAGAAUGAAGAUGAGGAGCGCCACGGUGAGAAGAAGAAAAAAGGAGGAAAAAGAAGGAAGAGGGAGAAGAAGGCACAAUAUGAAUCUGACGAAGCAGAACCAAUGGAGGAUCAGGAUGAGAUAUACAGUGUGUCUCACCAUCAAGAUGAUGAUAAGGUUGAUCAAACUGAUGGCAAUCCUCAGGAUCUUUUUGCAGCAGCAGGCCUUGAAGACUCUGAUGCAGAGGAAGACACUGUUCCUUCCAAUGCAAGUCGACGGAGGCAAGCAUGGUCGUCCGAUGAAGAUUGA